AUGUGUUUAUGCGAAUGGAUUAUGGAUCCAAAUCCUCCAGAGGUCGUCGAUAACAGCGUUUCGUCUGAUUCACAACAAACCACCACCACCAGGACCAGGCGAAGCAGGAAGAGGAAGUCAAUGGUGUGGGAUCACUUCACAACCGAAGCCACUAGCUCCGACACCACCAAAGCCUUCUGCAAGCACUGCAACAAGUCUUACGCUUUCAUAAACGGCGCCAAAGCCUCGGGGACUAGCCACCUCAAGCGUCACAUCGAGCUUGGUAUAUGCGCCAAGUGCCCUAAGACCAGUCUCACCACCCCUCAAGCCGCCAAGGACUACGACGAGACUAGUCCUCCUCUCAAGAAACGUUCUCAUGGCUCUUUAGAUCAAGAUUACUGUAACCGUGAGAUGGCGAGGAUGAUCAUCAUGCAUGAUUACCCUCUCCACAUGGUCGAGCAUUCCGGUUUCGCCGGGUUUCUGAAGGCUCUCCGUCCGCAGUAUAGUAUGGCGAGCUUUGAUACCGUCCGUGGUGACUGUGUUGGCAUGUUCUCGUCUCGAAAGGAGAAGCUUUUAGAGCUGAUUGGGGAGAUACCUGGGGGAGUUAAUCUUACUGUAGAUGUGUGGUCGUCGAAGCAGUCGGUGGGUUACGCCUUUGUGACUGGACAUUUCGUUGAUAAAGACUGGAACUUGACUCGCCGGCUCUUGAGUGUUGCUAUUGUGGCUUGUCCUGAUUCGGAUUCGGCGUUGUGCCAGCCUCUUGCGGCGUGUUUGUCUGAUUGGAAACUGGAGGGGAAGGUGUCGAGCCUCGCUGUCAGUCAGUCGUUGGUGAACAAAACGUGUGUCGAGAGUCUCAGAGGUUUCUUGUCUUUCAGGAACCAGCAUGUGUUGAACGGUCAGUUACUGAUGGGGAAAUGCUACGCGCGCGUUCUGAGCAGUAUGGCGGGAGAUGCGCUUGCGGUUGAGCAGCUUCAAGGGAUUAUAAAGAAAGUCAGAGAUAGCAUCAAGUUUGUGAAGACGAACGAUGAUUGCGGAGAUAAAUUCGAUGAGCUGAAGAGACUGUUUCCUACCGAUGUUCCGUAUAAAGAUCUUGUCUUUGACAACCAGACGAGAUGGGACACGAGUUACAACAUGUUGGUGGCUGCCUAUGAGCAUAGACAAGUUUUUUCUUGUUUGGAAACUUGCUAUCCUGGAUACAAAAUAUCGAUAUCUCCUGAAGAGUGGAGAAAAGUUGAGAGCCUCUGCUCGUGCUUGAAGGUUCUUUUCGAAGCGGGUAACGUAUUGACUAGGGAGAACCGUUUGACAGCAAACGUGUUGUACGGUGAGAUGACGAAGCUUCAGCUGGAGCUGAGCAACUUAGCCAUGGGUGAAGACGCGGAUGCCAGGAGCAUUGCGAACUCUUUGAGGGAGAAAUUCGACUUGUACUGGAGAGGUUGCUUCCUGGUUUUGGCGGUUGCUGUGGUCAUGGAUCCUCGGUUCAAGAUGAGGCACAUUAAGGACACGUUCACUGAUGCGUAUGGUGAAGAUGCACAAGACUGGAUCAAGAGCGUCAAUGAUGCCAUCCACGAUGUGUUCCUUAACUACAGUGGACACAACCUGCUGGAUGAUUAUGUGGAUCAAGGAUUUUCGGAAAUAGAUGUGGUUCAAGAACCUGACUUCCAACAAGACAUGUCUCAAGAUGCCAGCACAGGGAGUGGACAAGCAGUAGACGAGACAAGUCCACAAGUAGAGCAAACCAUAGAGUCGCGUCUAGUAGCAGAGGAAGAAGAGCACGCCUCAAUUACAGUAGAGCAAACUACGGUGUGUAAGGUAGAGAAGCAGAAUGUGGAAGGAGUAAGUGAGGUAGUGAGUGAAGAGGAGCAGCAACUUGGUGAUGAAUCUCAAGCACAUACACUAGCAGAGGAAGAAGAACACACGUUGUUUAUGGGUGACGAGCUUCUAGAGGAAGGGUCUACUCUCGUCACAAUUGGAGACUUUGAGAUUGACAUGUCAGAUAUGAAAACCGAGAUGGAUCAGUACCUAGAUGAUGCGUUGGUUCUGAUGUCUGAUUCCUUCGACGUUCUUGGCUGGUGGAAGCUCAACAGCAUCAACUACCCUACCCUCUCAAAGAUAGCUGCUGAUCUUCUCUCCAUCCCUUUCAGCACAGUCUCACCUGAUUCCGUAUUCGACACAGAAGUGAAGCAGAUGGACAGUUAUAAGACUUCUCUUCCUCGUGUUACCUUGGAAGCGCUCUUGUGCACAAAGGACUGGCUCAAAAACCAAACACAAUCUUGACGUUGUAACUCUGUUUUUUACUUUGUUAGAUUCGUUUUGAAGUUUAGUUUCGAUAACUAAACCCAUGUUGUAAGUGGAAGCAAACUAUUAAUAGUAUUUGCCUUUUGAUUGCUUUGAUGUAUUGGAUUCUGAUUCAGUCUCGUGAAUGACUAGAAACUUCCUUACA